AUGGAAGUCCGAAACUACCAGGAAGAAAAAAUUGCCCGUAGCUCCAGAGAAGUGCGGGUGGAUAUACAGGCCCUAGGGCUGCGCAUGACGGACCUGGAAUCCCGAAUGGAGACCAUGGUACAAGUUCACAACACUACAGUGACCCAUGCCAACUCCAUGGACAGACACCUACGAGACCUAGAGAUGCACGUGGCAGACCUGGCUAAUAGAUCCAGGAGCAAUAACCUCCGGAUCCGGGGCCUUCCAGGAACACCUAAUGAAGGCUCCCUACGUGACAAGCUGCAACAGUACUUCAAACAUCUAAUACUGAAGAUAAAUAGGAAAGACAGGGCACACCACGCACUCCGUACCCGCAGAUCGGAAGGCGCCCUGCCCAUGGAUAUCAUCCUGCGUUUCCACCACUUCUCCACAAAAAGACUUUCCUGCACUUCAGCCAGGACCACGAACUGUCCUACCAAUCAGCCACCAUAG